UAUAAGUCUGUGGAUUAUUAAUCAGCUGGUGGAUGUCGUAUUUGAACGAAAUAAGACGAACAUGUCCGAGAUGUAUCAUCCGUUCUGCCUUCUAUCGGUCGUCCAGUAACAGGCGGCGAGUGCCUGCUGCAAUGAGCAGUCUCAACUACAGACCGCCAUUGCUGGCAAGGCUUUUGACACCUUCAACAAACUUUUGUCGACAAAUCAUCGGCAACUCGUUAUAGAUGCAGAAUACGGUCACAGAAUUAUCUCACCGUCUUCUGAGAUCACUAGACAACAAUUACAAUGUUAUCGACAUGCAAGCCGUUGUUGAAAUCAUUACGGCGUUGGAACGCACAUCAAUCACCGAAGAACUCCUCAAGACCACCCGACUGGGUAAAUACAUAAAUGAGCUACGAAAGAAGACAUCCAAUGAAAUAUUAGCAAAACGUGCAAAGGAGCUUUUAAAAAAAUGGCGGGACCAAGUUAUACCAUCAUCACAAUCAAAUUCAAAUACAGCAACACAUCAGCAGCACCAGCACCAGCAUCAGAACCAGAAUUCGAUGACGAUCACCAACAUAACAUCGUCAGCGAAUGGUACAAUACCAACGGCCACAUCGAAAACAAAACAACAUCAACAUUUGAUGGCAUACAACAAUACAGAUCGUUCAUCGAGUCCAGAUCUAAAUUUAAAUCGUAGCAUGAACCAUAAAAAACGACCUCUAUCAACAAUAUCCAUAGAUGAUUCAAGUAAUGGUCGUAAACGUAUCAAAAUGAACGGACGCCAUCCACAUCAUCAUAAUAUAUCGUCAAACGAUCAAAUUUAUAUAUCAGAUAAUUCAAAUAGUUCACCAAAUAUCAAAAAAAUUCAACAUAAUUCAUCGUUAAUCGUUUUAAAUUCCGAUUCAAAUUCAAAUUUUAGUGAUCGAGUACCUCCAACCAUAACGGACGCACACGACGCACUCAACAACGAUACAAAUUUAACAUUUUCUGGUCGAAAUUUAGGUGUAAAUACUUCUUCUAGUAGUUUAUUAAAUGAAUCGUCAUCAUCGUCACGAACUUCAAGUGUUACUCCUACCCCACAACAACCACCACCAACGAUACAAACAGCCACACCACUUCCGCCUAUCCUCCAGAAACCAGAACCAAAGAAACGUGGUCGAAAGAAAGGUUCAAAAAAUCAUAAAACUUUAUUGGUACAGGCCGAAGAGAGUUUCACAAAUAAAAUGGCUGUGUCGGUGAAUUCAAAAGUAAAAACAACUCAAGAAUUAUUAGCAAGUAUACAAAAUAAAACAAAUUUAGUUAGGCCAACGACGACGACGACGACGCCACAAUCACAAUCGUCAUCCGUUCAAAUAACGAAAAAAGUGAUUUCACCAAAAAUCUUGAAUAAUUUUGGUGAUUCACCAAAACGUUAUCAGAAUAGUUCACCAAAAUUAUCAGAGAACAAGAAUUUAAAAACAACAAUUAUUGAUAUAAACACAUCUAGUAAAUCACCAAGUUUAACGAUACAACGGACAGCAUCACCGAAACCAGAGAAUAAAUUUUUAAGUAAAUUAAAAGAGCGUAGUGAUUCACCAAUUAAAAUUGAUUUGGAUAGUGAGAAUUCUAGGAGUAGCUAUCAAGAUAGUGUGGUUUGUAUUACACGUGAAGGUACCUCUGAUGAUGCUGAAUCGGAAAUCAUUGAUUUGGAUGUGCAUGAAGACGAUGAAGAUGUGCCCAAAACUAGUAAAGUACUUGUUCCUGAAGAUGAUGUUAAGGUUGAAUCACCUCCUGGAGCUGAAGAAGAGACCAUCAAAGUAGAUGAUGCAACAUCAACGGUUGAAGAAAUUCUUGCUAAAUUACCAAAAAUCGAUUACUCUGUGUUGUACGAAACGGAUGAAGAUGAACCAACAUGUACAUGUCCGGUUGUACAACCUGUUGUUGCAACCUCUAAUGAACAUAAUAUAACAGUUGAAUUCCAUGAAGACGGUACAAAUGGUGACGAUGGUAGUGGUAACAAUCUACGUGGCAGUACUUCGUGUUCAAUAUUUGAUGUGCCUGAUGAGAACAGUGGUGGGGGUAAUAGUGAAUCAAGGACGAAUAUGAUAGUUAAACAAACCCAAAUAGAUAAAAUAAUUAGUAGUAAGUCAGAUGAUGAAGAUGGCGACGAAGAAGACGUUGAUGAUGAAGAAGUGUAUGAUGUAUCAACAUGUCCUGCUAAACGAUACUUAGAUGAAAAGUAUCGUUUAGUCGAUGACCUAGAUAAAAUAAGCGAUGAACGUGUUGAAGAACUGCAUACGUGUUUCUUAGAUACCAUCAAUGGUAACAAAUGUGACAAGACUGUUAAUCAAAGAAUUUGUGAUGAUAAAAGUGAUGUGGGUGGUUUUUUUUCAAAUAUAGUGCCUAAUUUUCACGCUGGUGAAAUAAUUAAAAAAGACAUAACAUUAGAAUCAAUAAAUUAUAUAAAAUAUAAACAAAUCAUCCCUUAUCCAUUAUUAACUACUAGUAGUGAUCAUGUACAAGAUGAUACAGGAAGUGAUAAUAGAACUACAACAUCAGAUCAACAGUGCUGUGAUGAAUCAACAACAACAAACAAUACUACCACUAAAUGUUCUAAUUCUAGUAGUAGUAGUGUUGCACUAGGACAACAACAACAACAUGAAGAUGAUGCAGAUGCAGAUAAACACUUGUCACAUGAUAAUUUUCGCGAGUUCCAUGAAUGUGUUAGUUUGAGAUCAUAUAACGAUGAACUCCUACACAUUUUACCCUAUGUGGUCUUAGACUAGUCCAUCCUGGUGGUCCCCCAAGUCCCAGAUGAAAACAGGCAGAUAAUUUUUCCACACAAUUGUUUUUGUUUGUUAUUUAAAACAAUAAAUA